ACGUGCUGAAGGGAGGGGCGCCCUGCUUCCUCUCGAGCGCGGCAGCAGUCGGUUCAAGAGAGAAGGGAAGCAAACUCUGUGUCCUCUGAUUCUGCUCAGGGAGAAAAAGUCACGGCAGUCCCACAUCUGUUGGUGAAAAAUGGACAAACGAAAGGCUGUAAAACACAUGUUGUCUACCCUGACAAAGGACAACUUUGCCGAUUUCUGCGACGAGCUUGUGCACCGCAAAGGGGAGCCGCAGGUCACACUCGACAUGGUGGAGGGAAAAAGCCGCUCUGAGAUCAGAGAGGUUCUGCUUUCCACUUUCAAUGAAAAAGCUGUCGAAGUGGCUGCGGAGUUAUUGAACGAGAUUAAAUGCAAAAAGGAAGCAGACGAACUGUUGGCAGCUACAGGUGUUCAAUACUCAGAACCUGGAUCCAGUAACAUUCCAAGGAAGGAAUUAUCCCAGAGAAAUGUCCCAGCAGAGAGCAGAGUCCCAGCAGAGAGCAGCGACCCAGCAGACGAGUGGCUGCUCUCAGUUCGGGCAGAGUUCAUUAAAAGAGUGUCCCUACCUAUCCUGAACGACCUUCUGGAUAAACUCCUUGGGUCUGGAGUGAUCAGUGAAUCUGAAAUGGAGUCAGCCAGAACCAAAUCCCGAAAUGAGGGAGCACGAGAGGUGGUGGACGUGGUGCGAAAAAAAGGAGUUAAACCCAGCAGUGAUUUGAUCAAAGCUCUCCGUGAGCUGGACCCGCAUCUUUACAAACAGCUCAACUAGCCCCUGCUAGUUUUGUAUGUUGCCUAGUCAGGUGAUGUGGCCGUCUGACCGCUGUCAGCCAGCAGCGCAGACCCUAAAGCCACCCUUUCUUUCAUUUAUUUUAUACAGAAACAUAUAUGAACAUAUACUUUGAAUGCAAACCAAUUGACAUCAGGGGGAGACACAUGUUAUAAAAACACAUUCUCUAACUGUCCAAGUCUGUUCAUACCGUGUACCUGUUUACUCCCUGUCUGUCUUCUUCUGCUGUUCCCUUUAGGGUUUACUUCCUGCCAGUCGGUUUAAUUACUUUUUUUUGCGCUUACUGAGAUAAAAGAGGAUGAUUUAAAUGCAGUAAUGUAAAUUUGAUAUGUGAUUCAACUUGUAACACUGUUCAAACUGCCUCUGUGAAUAAAUUCAUUAUUAUUAAAAACAUGAUUUCAUAA